AUGAUGUAUAAUCCAGCGGUGACUGUGCGUCGUAUCGAUGUUUUGAUUCGUAUUUUAAAUGGUCGUAAAACAAUAUUGAAAUCAAACUGCGUUCGUGCUUAUUCUAGUGAUGAGAAAAUUACUAUAGGAAAUGUGACUAAGGAAAUAACGACUCCUAAAAAGAUUGAAUAUGUACCUAGGAAAUACUUAACCAUAGAAGAUUCAGAAAUAAAAUCUUUGUCACAAAGUACUCUCCGAAAUCUAAGAUGGAUGUUACAAAAGGACAUACUAGGACAGGAUAUGUUUUUGUUAGGAAGACCUGGGCCAAGCAGGAGAAAAGUUGCUUUCCAAUAUUUGGAAUUGACUCAAAGGGAACUUGAGUAUGUGGCCUUGUCAAGGGAUACCACAGAAGCAGAUCUCAAGCAGAGGAGAGAAAUUCAAAGUUCGACUGCAAAGUAUUUUGAUCAGAGUGCAGUUAGAGCUGCAAUAGAAGGAAGAGUCCUAGUCAUAGAAGGUAUAGAAAAAGCGGAGCGUAAUGUGUUGCCAGUUCUGAAUAACCUCCUAGAAAAUAGGGAAAUGCAUCUGGAGGAUGGAAGGUUUUUGAUACCAGCAACAAGAUAUGAUAAGCUAUUACAAGAACAUGGUGUGGAAGAAGUUUCAAGGUGGCGGUUGGUCCGUGUAGACGAAAAUUUCCGCGUAAUAGCAUUAGGAUUGCCAGUGCCGAGAUAUGUGGGACAGCCGUUGGAUCCUCCGCUACGUUCAAGAUUCCAGGCUAGAGAUGUCGCUACUAUCGGAUUUGGGGUGAGAGUAAAA